AUUUCUUCCGUGCUCACCCACCUCUUCUGUCUUCCUGCUCAUCGCUUUCCUCAGCAUCUUCGCGAGAAGUCGCAACCACCAUGGCUGAUCCUGAUCCGUAACCUCCGACGUUGCAACACGUUUCCUUCCUUGUUCAAAUCUUUUUCCGGCGUCUGGUGGUCUCUUUCGAUUUUUACCGAGUCACAUUCAACAUCGCUUUCCGCACACAUCCCACCACGACCGCCUCGCAUCCACCACCCUCCCGAUAUCCUGUCUCGCACCGGUUUAUGUGCGACGGAAAUUGCCACAUCAAAUAGAAGUCAUUCCUGUCUCCUCGUCGUCGAGAUCUGCCUCCGCACCCGCGCCAAAUUUUUGACCACCAGACCUUCCCAGCCCAUACUACGCCACUUCCGCCUCCUCCUGCCUGACAAUCGUCUGGUGGAAUUCCCAGGGGUACAGGAGAUACUCCGCGGUUCAACAUGCUUAUCAAUGGCGAGAAAUUUGCCUGCGAGGCAUGCGUAAGAGGCCAUCGUGUCAGUUCUUGUCACCACCAGGAUCGUCCCCUCGUCCACGUCAACAAGAAAGGUCGACCGGUAUCACAAUGCCAACACUGCCGAGGUCUGCGCAAGGCUCGCUCUCAGCAUGUGAAAUGCGAGUGCCACGACAAGGCGCAUGCAAAAGAAGAUUGUCCACAUGAGAAACCAGGCGUUGUGAAGACUGAAUCAAAUACCUGCUGUUGUCAACAUGGUCAACGUUGCACAUGUGCCUUGAAGAAGGAACUCGACAUCGUCCCUGAAGACCUUGCACACAUGAUCCAGCCAAAAGAACAUCCUAAACCUCGCCCGAACCACAACUCCCAUGAUCCCAAAACGACAAUCUUUACCAAUGGUCAUCACAAGCCUGUGCACAAAUUCAACGACGCGCACAAUCAGCUCGGAGCCCCUUAUAAGAUCCCAUCACGCUCCCACUCCCUUCAUGGCCAUCGCGAGAUCGCUCAACGUUCUACCGAUAAUCUUCUGCUCACCAAGUCCUCGAGACCUUUCCAGGAAUCCCCCCUGCAUCACUCUAUCACCGACGCGAUGGCAAUGGUAGAACGCAAGACCAGAUCAGAGCAUAAUUCCCCGAUACUUGGCCCUCAGAAACAUCCCGAUCCUCCACUGCAAGAUCUCAACCUCCCUCAUUUCGACCCGAGAGCCUAUUCUUAUUCCCCCUUUGGCGCUGAUACUCCUCCGACACAGACCAACAGCCUCCAAAAUAGUCAAAAUGCAAGCCAGUCGGAUCUGACUCUGCCAGACCAGUUUCCGGAGAGUUGGUUCAUGACUUAUGAGCAAGCUCAUGAUUAUGAUCCGCCAAAGUAUAAUGAGCUUGCGUCUGUUGACUGGUCUAGUUUCAAUCUCGAAAAUAACAGCAACGUUAACAGCAGCAACAACAACACUACCAUCACCAAUAACGAGAAUACUGGUAUCUAUGGUAUGAAUCAGUUCAAUUCUUCCAGUCUGGGACAACAAACACCCUAUCAGACUUUCGAUCUGACAAGACAAAUCAACCAAGUUGGUGUUAAUUCUUCGACUGGUGACGUUUCUGAAGUCGAUGAGCAGUCUCCUCCGUCCACUCGUUGGAAUAAUGAUCAAAAACCGCUUCAAUUUGACCAAAGGCCUAACUUGGAGUCAUACAAUGACUUCAGCAGCGCUGCGGGAGAUGACGCUUCCGACAGAUAUCGGUUGAGCUCAGCCUCGUCAUGCUUUGGGACGCCUCAAGCCAACAUGUUAGCCAACGACAACCUCGGAAGUCUUGACAUCGACGACUACCUCCAACGAGCCGAAGCAGAGACCAAGCGGCUGCAAAGCCUACAAAUGCAGCAACAAAUGGCACAAAUGCAGAUGGCAUCUCCCGAACCGUCCCAAGGGCAAUCACGAAUGUCAAGCGUAAGUCGAGGAAUGACUCCAAGUGUCUCGACACCGGGAAGUGUUGGCAAUGCUGAGCAUCCAUAUACCAUACGAGAAGCCCAGAUGUAUGCACAUAUGGAGGGGCUGUCCAAUCUGCACAUGUUUCAGCAGAGACCAGUUAUGCCGGCAACCAGCAUUGCUGAAGAUCCGUCGUGGUCGGUUGCUCCAGAUAUGUCGAACCCAGAGUUGUCCCUUGAUGGGGACGAACGUGAGGACGAAGACUGGGUUCGAUAACCAUAUCUACCAAUCACAUUCUAAGCUGCAAAACCCCACACGCAGCAAGCACCUUUACGAGUUAUGAUGAUUCAUAUAUAUUUGAGAUACCAGAAUCACGGCAUUUGAAUCAGUGGCCGACCAAUUUCAAAAAAUGAGAGGGCAACAAUACUUCUGGGAGUUUUGGCGGCAAAGGAGCACGGGCAGAGGUUAUCGCCCACGAAGACGACAAUGAAUUCGAGCAGCAAGGCGCAAUGUUUUCGCAUCCGUUGCUAUGUGCUUGUUCAUCUUUUCUAGCUGUCUCAAGGUCAUUUUCACGAUCACGCUCGUCGUCAAUUUAGAUGUACGAAAUUCGUGAUGCAGUGAGGCUCCUUUGAGCCUACAUAUAAUGACCAGGAAUAGAGAUAGUUUUGUUAAGCAAGGAUUGAUGAGAUGCAUCGCCUUUUAUGGAUGCACAAUGCAUAUAGAUAGAAAAUAUCACGUUGCUAGACUAAGCUCUCCUUCGUUUACUUGGCUGAUUCUGCUUUGGACGUAGGAGCAAGUUAAGGAGGAUGGAGAGAAUAAUUAUAGUCUCGGAACAAGUCUAUAUGUUAGCUUGGUGUUUAUCGACGCA